AUGGCUGGUCUAGCCAAGACGCUGAACAAGCUUACCGAACCCGCGUUCAACUGGGCGUCCCAUUGGUACCGUGGUAUUGUUGGCGCUCAACUGAAAAAAUACGGUCUUCGGUAUGACGAUCUCUACGAUCCGUAUUACGACCUGGACGUUGCCGAAGCCCUCAAGCGGCUGCCUCAAGCGGAGGUAGACGCGCGGAACCAACGGCUGAAGCGCGCCAUUGACAUCUCCAUGAAGCACACCCACCUUCCCAAGGACCUUCAGGAAAAGCAAACGCCGUUCCAGCCUUAUCUGCAGAAGGAGCUUCAUAAGAUCAAGUUGGAGAGGGAGGAGAGAAAGGCUCUUGGAUCAGACAUGCCGUACAAUCGCCAAAUCCCAUGA